AUGCCACUGAGACCAAUAGUCGGUGCCCCAGACUCGCCGAUCUACCACCUGGCGAAACUUCUGAUCGUGCUCUUCCAGCCUCAUGUGGGAAAGACAAACUCCUACGUCAAGGACUCGACAGACUUCAUUGGUAAAAUUAGGGACUUAACUCUAGAGCCAACAGAUAUUCUGGGUACACUAUUUCUAUUUAAGUUUUUCAAGAAGCAAACUGUGCCUAAGGAAGCUCCAGAUGACACGGAAAAUGCGGGAUCUGGAUCUAUGAACAUACCUACCAAAAAUACUGAAUUGAGUGAAUUGCAUAGAAAACCUGACGCAGAUGGCAAAGAUGGAGAUGGUUGCAACUUAAAUGAUUUUUAUCCUAAUGACAUAGGAUUAUAUAUUCACGGACAGGUAACCGAAGAAGAAAAGGAGAAACUUUUGACGGAUGCUUGGGUGCCAGAUGAAAAUUUCAAAUUCCCGUCUACGCAGUUUGGAAAGCGCCAACUGAAAUUUCAGUACAGCUGGCUAAAAUCAAAAGAGUGGGUAACCUACUCAAAGAAACUGAACGGAGCUUUGUGUAAAUAUUGUUUUUUAUUUGCGCCAUGCGGAGCAGGAAAACAAGGAUUGCCACUUGGAAGGUUGGUCACAUCAAAGUAUUGUGAUUGGAAACAUGCUCUUGAAGAUUUUUCCAAACAUCAGUUGACUUCUUACCACUCAAAAUGCAAACUUGAUGCUGAAAACUUUUUAUCCAUCAGGCGUGGCGCAAAACAAAGCAUUGUUGCUCAAAUAGAUAAGAGUGGAGCUGACCAGGCCAAAGAAAAUAGACGCCGUUUAACUCCUGUCAUAAAAACUGUCAUAUUUUGUGGCAGACAAGGUUUGGCCUUAAGGGGUCAUAGGGAUGGAGGUAUACUUAACAUUACAGACGACCAAGACCUUGUUGAAAACGAAGGUAAUUUUCGGGCACUUUUGAGAAUGCGGGUUGAAAGUGGUGAUGAAGACUUAAAACAGCAUUUGAUGAAUGCAGACAAAAAUGCAACAUAUAUAAGCGCAAAAACGCAAAAUGAAAUUAUAUCAACAUGUAAUGAUUUAAUUUUGACAAAAUUGGUGGCUAAAGUAAAUGCUGCUCAGUGUUUUACGGUAAUAGCUGACGAGACUACUGACAUUUCGUGCACAGAACAGCUGUCACUUUGUGCUAGAUACAUUCAUCAAGAGACAUUAACCAUAAGAGAAGAUUUCCUGCAGUUUGUUCCAGUUAAUGAUUUGACUGGAAAGGGAUUGAGCGAUAUUAUUUUAAAGAAACUAAGAAGUUUUGGCAUAUCUACAGAGUACAUACGAGGUCAAGGGUAUGAUGGGGCGUUUGCUAUGAGUGGUGCUUUUAAUGGUGUGCAGGCGUUCAUAAAAAAAGAAGUUCCAAGCGCUUUAUAUGUCCAUUGCAGCAGCCAUUCUUUGAACUUGGCUAUAUCAGAUGCUUGCAACAGUACCAUGAUAAGAAACUGUAUGGGUACAGUAAGUAAAACUUAUGAUUUUCUACAUACUCCAAAAAGGCAAGCAGUUUUAAAGAAAUUCUUGGAGAAAAACUCCAAUAAACUGAUGCAAUGUAGUCCUACCCGAUGGAUCCAGCGGCACAAAGCAAUAAUGGUUUUUGCUGAAAAUUAUGAAGCAAUACUGAGGAGCUUAGAAGACAUAUCAACAUGGGAUGAUCGAGAAAGUAGUUCAAACGCCAAUAUACUGCAUUGCGCCUUGACUAAGGCUGACUUUAUUUUAUCACUGUUUGUAAUUAAGAAGAUAUUUACUUUCAGUCUUCCAUUAACAAAGUAUUUGGAGACGGAAGAAAUUGAUCUUACAAGUGCUGUAAACUAUGCAGAAUCAACAGUAAAUGUACUGAAGGAAGUAAGGGAAAAGGAUGAUGAAGAAUUUUCUGUAAUUUUUAAAGAUGCUCAAGAUAUAGUCAAGAGAGAGGGUUUCUCUAUAGACAUCCCUCGUACAACAUCACGGCAGACGUGCAGAGAAAAUGUAGAAAAUGAUGGUCCACUUCAUCAGCCAGCUUACUGA